UUAGUUGCUACUUGGGAUACCCAAAUUCCUUAGUAGAGUGCCUGUUUGAAAUCCUGGUCAUUGUGAUUGCAAUUCAGCCUCCUGGCUUUGGCAUGGCACAUCUCUGGCUGUUUUGGGGAUUUGGGAAGGGAACCACUGGAAGGGAGAUAUCUCACAUUCAUGAGACUCAUUUUCUAUGUUUCUCUUUCACUGACAUUCAAAUAAAAUUUGUAAAAACAAUUUAAAAAAGUCAAAAUGGGGUUCAGUAUUACUGAGUGGUGAAACUGAGCCUCACUUUUUUUUUUUAAGAUUUUUAUUUAUUUAUUUGGCAGGUAGAGUUACUAAAGACAGUGAGAGAGAGAGAGAGAGAGAGACAGAGAGAAAGGUCUUCCUUCCGUUGGUUCACUCCCCAAACGGCCGCAACAGCCGACGCUGCGCAGAUCCGAAGCCAGGAGCCAGGUGCUUCUCCUGGUCUCCCAUGUGGGCGCAGGGGCCCAAGCACUUGGGCCAUCCUCCACUGGCCUCCGGGGCCACAGCAGAGAGCUGAACUGGAGGAAGAGCAAGUGGGACCAGAACCUGGCGCCCGCAUGAGAUGCUGGUGCUGCAGGUGGAGGAUUAACCUAGUGCGCCACCAUGCAGGCCCCUGAGCCUCACUUUCCAUCUAGCAAGUUUGAAUCUAAUAAUUUGGGCCCUACACUGUUUAAACUCAGCCUCAGUUUUCCUUCAGGAUAACCUCAGUAGCGUGUCCUGUGUUUCUUUAAAGAUGGUAUAUUAAUACUAAAGCUCUGUUCUUUCCCAGAAUUGCUUCUGACAAAAAAUCCCAUCCUUAAGUACCUUAUGUUUUAUGCUGGCUUUCUGGUAGAUGUCUAGCUCACUCUCAUCUAAGAAACGCCGUGUUUCUGGGCCUGAUUCAACACUAGAGUCUCACUGUUUCCCUACCUACCCUGUGACGUUGGAAGUGCCCUCAGAACCAACCAACGGAAUGCAGAAAAGUAUUGAAACAGACAUAGAUGAAGGUCUUUACUCCCGCCAGCUGUAUGUGCUGGGUCAUGAAGCAAUGAAGCGUCUUCAGACAUCCAGUGUGCUAGUGUCAGGCCUGCAGGGCCUGGGUGUUGAGAUCGCCAAGAACAUCAUCCUUGGUGGGGUGAAAGCUGUUACCCUGCAUGACCAGGGCACUGCCCAGUGGGCUGAUCUCUCUUCUCAGUACUACCUACGGGAAGAAGAUAUUGGUAAAAACCGAGCUGAAGUAUCCCAACCCCGCCUUGCUGAACUCAACAGCUACGUGCCUGUCAGCACCUAUACAGGACCGCUGUUUGUUGAGGACUUCCUUAGAGAUUUCCAGGUAGUGGUCCUUACUAACACUCCCUUGGAGGAUCAGCUGCAGGUGGGUGAGUUCUGCCACAACCAUGGCAUCAAGCUUGUGGUAGCAGACACACGUGGCCUGUUUGGGCAGCUGUUCUGUGACUUUGGAAAGGAAAUGAUUGUUAGGGAUUCUAAUGGGGAGCAGCCACUCAGUGCUAUGGUUUCUAUGGUCACGAAGGACAACCCUGGGAUUGUUACAUGCCUGGAUGAGACCCGACAUGGAUUUGAGAGUGGAGACUUUGUCUCCUUCACGGAAGUUCAGGGCAUGAGUGAACUGAAUGGCAUUCAUCCUGUUGAGAUCAAAAUUCUGGGCCCUUACACCUUCAGCAUAUGUGAUACCUCCCAGCUUCUCUGAGUAUAUUAGUGGAGGCAUGUCAGUCAGGUCAAAGUACCUAAGAAGAUUAGUUUUAAAUCCUUAGUAGCGUCAUUGGCAGAGCCAGAUUUUGUGAUAAUGGACUUUGCCAAAGUAUCUCACCCUGCUCAGCUGCACAUUGGCUUCCAGGCCCUGCAUCUUUGUUCUCAAUACAAUCGAUCUCCUCGACCACAUAAUGAGGAAGAUGCAGCAGAACUGGUGAUCUUAGCACAGACUGUGAAUUCUGAAGCCUUGCCCCCAGGACAGCAGGGCAUCCUGGAUGAAGACCUCAUUCGCAAGUUGGCAUAUGUAGCUGCUGGGAAUCUGGCACCUAUAAAUGCCUUCAUUGGGGGCCUGGCCGCCCAGGAGGUCAUGAAGGCCUGCUCUGGCAAGUUUUAUGCUAUCAUGCAGUGGUGUACUUUAUGCUUAGAAUGCCUUCCUGAACACAAAGCCUUCAUGGAAGACAAUGUCUCCCGCAAUCAGAACCGUUAUGAUGGGCAGGUGGCAGUAUUUGGCUCAGACCUACAAGAGAAACUAGGCAAGCAGAAGUACUUUCUGGUGGGUGCAGGUGCCAUUGGCUGUGAGUUGCUCAAGAACUUUGCCAUGAUUGGACUAGGCUGUGGGGAGGGUGGGAAUAUUACAGUGACAGACAUGGAUACCAUUGAAAAGUCCAAUCUGAACCGACAGUUUCUCUUCCGGCCCUGGGAUGUCACAAAGUUAAAGUCUGAUGUAGCUGCGGCAUCUGUGCGUCAGAUAAAUCCAUACGUCAGAGUAAUAAGCCACCAGAAUCGUGUAGGCCCUGACACUGAGUGUAUCUACAACGACGACUUCUAUGAAAACCUGGAUGGUGUAGCCAAUGCCCUGGACAAUGUAGAUGCCCGCCUGUACAUGGACCGCCGCUGCGUGUACUACCGUAAACCAUUGUUGGAGUCAGGGACACUGGGCACCAAGGGCAGUGUGCAAGUGGUUAUUCCCUUCCUGACGGAAUCUUACAGCUCUAGCCAGGACCCACCUGAGAAGUCCAUCCCCAUCUGCACACUGAAGAACUUCCCCAAUGCCAUUGAACACACUCUGCAGUGGGCCCGGGAUGAAUUUGAAGGCCUCUUCAAGCACCCUGCAGAAAAUGUCAACCAGUAUCUCACAGACCCAAAGUUUGUGGAACGGACUUUGCAGCUGGGAGGCACCCAACCAGUGGAGGUGCUGGAGGCCUUACAGCGUAGCCUGGUACUGCAGCGACCACAUACAUGGGCUGACUGUGUGACUUGGGCUUGCUACCACUGGCACACCCAGUAUUCUAACAACAUCCGGCAGCUACUCCACAACUUCCCUCCCAACCAGCUGACAAGCUCAGGAGCCCCAUUCUGGUCUGGACCCAAACGCUGUCCACAUCCACUUACAUUUGAUGUCAACAAUACCCUACAUCUGGACUAUGUGAUGGCUGCUGCUAACCUGUUUGCCCAGAUGUAUGGGCUGAUGGGCUCUCAAGACCGACCUGCUGUGGCCACACUCCUGCAGUCUCUACAGGUACCUGAAUUCAUCCCCAAGUCUGGUGUCAGGAUUCAUGUUUCUGACCAGGAGCUGCAGAGUGCCAGUGUCUCUCUUGAUGACAGCCAUCUAGAGGAGCUCAAGGCCGUGCUUCCCAGUCCAGACAAACUCUGCGGAUUCAAGAUGUAUCCCAUCAAUUUUGAGAAGGAUGAUGAUAGCAACUUUCAUAUGGAUUUCAUUGUUGCUGCAUCCAACCUCAGAGCAGAGAACUAGAUAUCCCCUGCAGACCGUCAUAAGAGCAAGCUUAUUGCAGGAAAGAUCAUCCCAGCCAUUGCGACAACCACAUCAGCUGUAGUUGGCCUUGUGUGUCUGGAGCUGUACAAGGUAGUGCAGGGACACCAACAGCUUGCGUCCUAUAAGAACAGCUUCAUGAACUUGGCUCUGCCAUUCUUCAGCUUCUCUGAGCCCGUUGCCCCACCACAUCACCAGUAUUAUAACCAAGAAUGGACUUUGUGGGAUCGCUUUGAUGUACAUGGAUUACAGCCUAAUGGUGAGGAGAUGACCCUCAGGCAGUUCCUAGAAUACUUCAAGACAGAGCACAAACUGGAAAUAACCAUGCUGUCCCAGGGUGUGUCCAUGCUCUACUCAUUCUUUAUGCCUGCCUCCAAGCUGAAGGAACGGCUAGAUCAGCCAAUGACAGAAAUUGUGAGCUGUGUGUCGAAGAGAAAACUGGGCCACCAUGUGCGGGCUCUGGUGCUUGAACUGUGUUGCAACAGUGAGAGUGGCGAGGACGUUGAGGUCCCUUAUGUACGCUACAUCAUUCCUUGAGCUUUGAUCAAAGAACCUUUUUUUUCUUUGCUGCUUUCUACUGUUUGAAAUUGGCAUUCAUAAUAAAAAAGUGAUCCAGA